UUCCCGACCCAGUUUUCUCGGCAACUGCCGCAGGCUGGUGGGUUCGUGGUGUGCGUGGGGUGUUAGGUAUGGGGACUCCUCCGGGCCUGCAGACCGAUUGUGAAGCGCUUCUCAGUCGAUUCCAGGAGACUGACAGCGUUCGCUUCGAGGACUUCACGGAACUCUGGAGGAACAUGAAGUUCGGGACCAUCUUCUGUGGCAAAAUGAGAAAUUUAGAAAAGAACACAUUUACAAAGGAAGCUUUAGCUUUGGCUUGGAGGUAUUUUUUACCUCCAUACACCUUCCAGAUAAGAGUUGGUGCUUUGUAUCUGCUAUAUGGAUUAUAUAAUACCCAGCUAUGUCAACCAAAACAAAAGAUCAGAGUUGCCCUGAAGGAUUGGGAUGAAGUUUUAAAAUUUCAGCAAGAUUUAAUAAAUGCACAACAUUUUGAUGCUGCUUAUAUUUUUAGGAAGUUACGACUAGACAAAGCAUUUCACUUUACAGCAAUGCCUAAACUGCUUUCAUAUAGAAUGAAGAAGAAAAUUCAACGAGCUGAAGUUACAGAAGAAUUUAAGGAUCCAGAUGACCGUGUAAUGAAACUUAUCACUUCUGAUGUAUUAGAGGAAAUGUUGAAUGUUCAUGAUCAUUAUCAGAACAUGAAACAUAUCAUUUCAGCUGAUAAAUCCAAGCCAGACAAAGCCCUCAGCUUGAUAAAGGAUGAUUUUUUGGAUAGUAUUAAGAACAUAGUUUUGGAGCAUCAGCAGUGGCAUAAAGACAGGAAGAAUCCAUCCUUAAAAUCAAAAAAUAAAGAUGGAGAAGAAAAGAAGGAAGGAAAUUCACAAGAAUCAAAGAGAUGUGAAAGGGCAGAAUCAUUAGCAAAAAUAAAAUCGAAAGCCUUUUCAGUUGUUGUUCAGGCAUCUAAGUCAAGAAGGCAUCGUCAAGUCAAGCUUGACUCUUCUGACUCUGAUUCUGCAUCUGGUCAAGUACAAACAGAAACAACUAAGAAAAAAAGAACCAGAGGAGCGCUGAAGUCAGCAGGAAGGAAGAUGGCUUCCAGAAACAAAGGUAACGUGAAGAAUGUACAUAAGGAAGAAACGUCCUUAAGUCUGAGUAUGCCUGUAAUUGCAGAAGAGGAAGAGGAGACUGAAAGUUUUAGCGAAACAGAGUUCACUGUACCCAAGAGGAAAAGAAAACACUGAAUGAAGAGCCUGAUGUAAACUUUUAAAUUUUGAGCUUUCUGACAGAAGAAAAGAUUUAUAUUUUGUGAACAGAAGAACUGCCAGUAUUAAAAAUAAUUCUUCUGGGAAACAGUUAUUUCUUUGAAAUGAGAAUAUCUUAACAGUUUAAGAGUUGGAGUAUGAGUUUACUCUGAAAUUUAAUUUUUAAUUUUCUGUUAUAAAAUCCAUAUAAAUAGAGGUAAAAUUUGCAUUAAGAAUAUUAUAGGAAUAAUCCUGUUAUUUUCAGAUUAUUGCCACUUCCUAUCCUAUAACUUUCUGUGAUAGUCUAUUGUCUUAACAGUUCUGGUAAUAUUAACAACUUAUUUAAAUUUUUUAUUGAAAUUUAUUUAUUACAUGUAAGUGAAUUUUGUAUCUAUGGUAAUGGAUUUGUAUAUGAUAUAUAUUUACUAGUUUUUCCUAUUGUGUGGUUAAGUUUAAUAAAAUUUUUGCCUUAUUUGCUUUAUUUUUUAACAUGAAACUUAAGCUCAAUAUGAAACAUAUGAAGUUCAGUAGCUUAUGUGAUUUAAUAACUUAAGUUCACAACUCAUUUUCUACUUCUACAAUUAAUUACAUAUUCUUUAGUGCUUGUUUUAAAGCUCUCCUUGGUCUAAUAUAUACGUGUAUGUAUUCAUCUGUGUUUGUGUAUAUGUGUAUAUAUAUAUAUAUAUUUGUAUCCAUAAAGAGUACUUAAUAAAGUUUAAGUGUAAUACUUACAUAUUAUUUCUAAUAAAACCUUUGAGAGUAGUAAUAUAAAGUUCAGAAUGUAUCUCUGGUACAGAAUAUUUGGUAAUCACAGAAAAUAGUUCUAUAACUUCAUGACUGAACCCAACUUAAUUUCUCAUUGCAGACAUUUAAAUAGAGAUUGCUUGAGCUAUGAUGUUUGAUUGCUGCCAGUAGCAAACCAUUUCCAUUCCAUAUGGUUGGUUCAACCUGUCUUUUUGUGUGUGUGUGUGUGAUAUGGAGGAUUAAAUCCAGGGGUACUUAACCACUGAGCCACAUCCCCAGCCACCUUUUUAUAUUUUAUUUACAGACAGGGUCUUGCAGAAUUGCUUAGGACCACUAAAUUGCUGAGGCUGGCUUUGAACUCAUGAACCUCCAGCCUGAGUCUCCCAAGCCACUGGAAUUACAGGCAUGCACCACUAAGAUGCUGGUUCAACCUGCCUUACUGUUGGUUAUGCUUCAUGUUGUUUUCCAACAUUGUAAGAUUCAGGAAUUUAAAAUCCUGGUUGAAUAAUAAAUCCAAAUCUGUGAAUGUCCUGUGAAGUGAAAAUGUAUAUCUUAUAUGUAAUCUUUUUGCAUUAAAAUACUAAUGCUGACCCAUAUGUAACUUGCAUUUAUUAAAAUUCAUGCUACCAUAGUAGUUACUAAAAGUAGGUAUUUCCCUUAACUAUUAGACUUGUCUGGUAAUAGUUGGAGCAGUUUUCAUAAUGUGGACAUUGGGCAGAACUUCUGGGAUUCUGGGAUUGGAACACUCAUUGUGGUUCCACUGUUGGCCACUUGAUACCAGGUUAUUUGCUACAACCUGUUUGAUCACUGACAUUUUAAAAAAUUUAUUGGUUAUUUUUAGUUGUAUAUGACAAUAAAAUCCAUUUUGAUAUGAUUAUACAAGCAUGGAAUAUAUCUUCCUCUAGUUAGGCUCCCAUUCUUGUGAUCAUUAACAUUUAUCAGUAUUGCCCAGCUAACACACUGAGUCUCAAUCUCUUUUACAGUAGUACUUACAAAAUACAGGAUGCCAUUUCAUUUGUACAACAGAGAAACUUACCUCAGGAUGGGAUGUGCUUUCCUCACAUUCAUGAAGUUAGUAAGUGAUGUGUUGGAUAUAAACCUAGAGUUCAGGCCUAUAAUUUCAGUGUCUUUUUAUAUGAGCCAACAGAAAUGGAAAUCCAGAGGAGUGCUUUUGACUCUAAGCAGUAAAACUCAAAAAAUGUCUUAAACAGUAAGGUAAGUUCAUUUUAAAAUCAAUUGAGUCCCAAUGCUGUGUGGCAUUGGCUUGUAUAAUAACCUCAUCAUUUCCAUGAUAAUGUCAUAUUUCCAGGUUUAGAUUUUUAAAAAAUAUUUCUAUUUGUUCUAAUUAGUUAUACAUGACAGUAGAAUAUAUUUAUGCAUUUUGAAUCAUAAAUAGAGUAUAAUUUCUAAUCUUAUUGUACAUAUCGUGGGAUCACAUCAGUCUUGCAGUCAUAUAUGUAAAUAAGGUAAUGUCUGUUUCACUCUACUAUCCUUCCUACCCCAUUACAUCUUCCCCUCCCUUCACUCCCCUCUACUUAAUCUAAAGUAACUCUAGUCUUCCCUAGCAUAUCAUCCGCAUAUCAGAAAACAUUUGACCUUUGGUUUACUCAAAGGACUUAAAAUUGGCAUACUACAGUGACACAGCCACAUCAGUGUUUAUAGCAGCUCCACUCAAUAGCUAAACUAUGGAA